AAAUAGGCGGGCGCCGCCGCUGCCGGCUCAUUGCGAGCGGAGCCAGGGGCAGAGCAGCACCGCCACCACCGCCUCCUUCCCCGCAGCAACCACAGCCACCCCUUGCCCGGCUGCCUCGCGCUGAGAUCUUCCUCCUUAAUUUUUUUCAAAAACCAAAAGGAAUUUUUAAACUUUUUUUUUUUCUUUUGGCAUCCAGAUUUAUAUCAACGUUAGCGGCCGGACUCGCCUUCGCUCCCUCCAAACACGCAGCGGCGGUAUUUGCGCCGUUCCUGCCGGCUUUGUGCCCUGAAGCCCCGUCCCUCCUCCUCCCCCUCCGCCGUAAAGCCUUUACGAGACUCCGAAAGCGCCGCAGCCCCUUGUUUGAACCACCCCAAAGCGACGACUGCAACAAAAAAAACCCAAAACCAUUUUUUUAUCAUCUCAUAUAUUUUUUUCCGCCCUCCUUCCUCUUUUUUCCUCCCUCCUCCCCCGCAAACGCAUCAAGGUGGCCUCGGAGCGCAAAAAGACCUUUGUUUUAAAAAUGCCCAUGGAGCUGACGCAAAGCCGCAUCCAGAAGAUUUGGCUUCCCAAUGACAACCGCCCGGCUCUGCCCCGCCGCUCCUGUGGGCCGCAGCUUGCCAAUUCCCCCACUGUGAUAGUGAUGGUUGGCCUCCCAGCCCGUGGGAAGACCUACAUCUCCAAGAAGCUGACUCGCUACCUCAACUGGAUCGGUGUCCCAACAAAAGUUUUCAACGUAGGGGAGUAUCGCCGUGAGGCGGUGAAGCAUUACAGUUCCUACGACUUCUUCCGCCCUGACAAUGAGGAGGCCAUGAAAGUCAGGAGGCAAUGUGCCCUGGCUGCCUUGAGGGAUGUCAAGCUGUACCUAACAGAGGAGGCUGGCCAGAUUGCGGUUUUUGAUGCCACCAAUACUACGCGGGAGAGGAGGGGGUUGAUCCUAAACUUUGCUAAAGAAAAUGGCUUCAAGGUGUUCUUCAUUGAAUCUGUCUGCAAUGAUCCCACAGUAGUUGCCACCAACAUCAUGGAAGUAAAAUUGUCCAGCCCCGAUUACCGGGACUGUAAUUCAACUGAUGCCAUGGAGGACUUCAUGAAGAGGAUCAACUGUUACCAGGCCAGCUACCAGCCGCUUGACCCUGAUGACUAUGACCGGGAGCUUUCUCUCAUCAAAGUCAUUGAUGUCGGCCGGCGGUUCCUGGUCAACAGGGUUCAGGAUCACAUCCAGAGCAGGAUCGUUUACUACCUGAUGAACAUCCAUGUCCAGCCCCGCACCAUUUAUCUCUGUCGGCAUGGUGAAAGCGAUUUCAACCUCAAGGGGAAGAUUGGAGGUGAUUCGGGCCUCUCCAACAGGGGCAAGAAGUUUGCGCUGGCACUGAACAAGUUUGUUGAGGAGCAGAACCUGAAGGACCUCAAAGUUUGGACCAGCCAGCUAAAGCGGACAAUCCAAACAGCAGAAGCUCUCCAGCUGCCCUAUGAGCAGUGGAAGGCACUCAAUGAAAUCGAUGCUGGUGUGUGUGAAGAAAUGACAUAUGAAGAGAUCAGGGAGCAGCAUCCAGAGGAAUUUGCUUUACGCGAUCAGGAUAAAUAUUACUACCGUUAUCCUUCGGGGGAGUCCUACCAAGAUCUGGUGCAGCGCCUAGAGCCUGUCAUCAUGGAGCUGGAGAGACAAGAGAACGUCCUUGUGGUCUGUCACCAGGCUGUCAUGCGCUGUCUCCUGGCAUACUUUCUGGACAAAAGCGCAGAUGAAAUGCCCUACCUGAAAUGUCCCCUUCACACAGUGUUGAAGUUGACCCCAAUGGCCUAUGGCUGCCGGGUGGAGUCCAUCUCGCUGAACAUCGAAGCUGUCAACACCCACAGGGAACGGCCAGAGGAAGCAAAGAAGGGACCUAACCCGCUCAUGAGACGUAAUAGCGUUACCCCUCUAGCAAGCCCAGAGCCCACCAAAAAACCUCGCAUCAACAGCUUUGAGGAGCAUGUGGCUGUUUCUUCCGCCCUGCCAGGCUGUGUUCCUCAGGAAGUGCCCACGCAGCUGCCGGGACAACCUUUACUAGGGAAGGCAUGCCUAACAUGAACAACUCCCAGAAGCUGUUGUGACUCCGUUGGCACUGUCGCAAGGCCACCAGCGACGCCAGCUUCCCAUCCCAUCACCAUUUCCGAAGCUUGCUUAUAAACUGGUCUCCUCUGUCUGCGGCGUGGUCGACCCUCGGCUGUUUCUACCCGCCCCCAUUCAUCUGCAAACAGCUCUGCUGAAGGGGGGGAGAGGUGCGGGAGAGCGGAGGACAGGACUCGUGGCCAGGUCAAGUCACCACCAGUUCUUUAGGCUACAGCAUUUGCUCUCCUCUCCGGCGUCCUGUUAGAUCUUAGCAAGCUGUAAAGUGCUUCUAGCGCACAGGAGUUUAAUUUUCUUCUGUAAGCAAUUUUGAUCUCCUUUUGUAUAGAUGAUUGGUACCCAUCCAUCUCCGGGUGGGGUGUAUAUAUGUGGCUGGUGUGGGGUUAGCAGAAAAAUGGGGAAGAGGGGGGAGCGAAGGGGUUUUGCAUUUUUUAAUUAAUAUUAUUAAUUACUUCUUAAGAAAGACCCUGACGUGCGGUGCUGCAGUCCUGUACCCACGCUACAGCCUGUCGCGCGCACACAGCCUGGCUCACCCAGGCCCGGGAGCACCAGGAAGGCAGUUGUGUAAAGUCCUUCACAGUGAGAAAUGCUGGGUUUAACAACAACGAACCCCAAAACAUAAGCUUUUUUUUUUCCCCUCUGUAUGAGUCAAUACACCUUAAAAGGAUUUGCAGAGAAUAUAGAUCUGGUUCUAAAACCAGUUGUGAGCUGCCUGUAGUGUAGGGGGAGCCACGCUGGUGGUGGCUCAGGUGAUGCUUUCAUUUUGGGGAGCAGCCAGGGAUGCUCUUGAGUUCAGGGGUGUGUUGAUUUUUUGGGGGGGAGACUGAGCACCAUUUGAGGUGCUGUGCUGGUACUUCACCUCCCCUUUCCCCUUUCUUGGAGGAAAGCAAGAGACUUUGUGGGGGGUGAGUUGAACCCCUGUGUCACUGCAGGACUUAGCAGGUGAACAGGCUGAGCUAGAUGCAUUUUGCAGACACGCAGGUCUCAUGGAGGUGGCCAGAGGUCUGGCUGGGAUGCAGGAGUCCCCACGUGGCUGCUAAAAGUCACAAGAAGGGACAGUUUUAAUGUUCUCUUUUUUAUUUAAUAUAUAUACAUGCACAAGUGUGUGUGUAUGUAUAUACCUAGAAACCGCUUGGUUUUUGCACUUUAUUUGUGGCAGAAGCAUAACUAUUUUAUUUUUUAAGUCAUGCCCCUUAACAGGGGAAGCCUGAUGAAUACAGGCAACUUUUUUUCUUUUUAAUUUUAUUUUGCAUGCUGGAAAGCUGCGACUACAAAAAACCCAGUAGUUAAGGUGUUCGAGGUGUGUGUGGAGAAAAAUGGGGCGAGGUCCUCACUUAGAUUCCAUCAGCCAGCUCCCGGUGGUUUGAUAUGCAAAAUCCCUUCUUGGCAGCCUGUUGUGGGCUGCAAGAUGACGGUUAAAAAUGGCAAUUAACCACUAUUGCUUUGUGCAAAAAUCUGUGGAUUUUGAAAUUUUCUUUUUUUAGGGUUUUGGAUUGCUUGUUGUCCCCCCCCCAAAAUGUGCAACAUCAUCUCCAUUGCCAUCUCAUGCUUUUUGCCUGCGUGGCAGAACUGGAGGUAGGAGAUGAAGACAGCCAAGCCCUCCUGCAUGCUGGGCUGGGGGAUUAGAGAUGGGGAGCCCUUUGGUUUCAGCCUUCCCACAGCUUUCCCCAACGCCCUGGGGUAGGAAACAACAUCCCUACAGACAGAAGCAGAGAGGUUUGGGGAGGAAUGGUUGAUUUCUUUUUUUUUUUUUUGUGUGUGUGUAUCUUUUUUUGGGGGUUGGUCUGUUUUUCCUUUGGGAAAAGGUGAACCACAGUGCCUCGUGCUUCAGCCUCGUGCAGCCAAAGCGCGUGCUUGGAGCGGCACCGACGGCAGGAGGGGGCCGGGACCACGCUCAGCCCAUAUCUGACCGGGGGAGAGAUGGUCCCGGCAGUGCCCUGCCUGCAUGAGCUUGUUCAUAUGUGUAUUAUAUUCCUGUACAGAUGAAACAAAGACAACUUAUCCCCUGCCGCCUUUUUUUUUUAAUUUUAACACCGCAUUAAAAGCCCAUUUCUCCCUGUGCACACGGUUGACAUUUGCCCUUUCGGUUUCUCUAACUUUGAGGAAAAACUAAUGUUUUGGGAAGGCGAGUCACUUGUCUUUUCAGCCUCCUUCUGGGGAGUUUUAUCUUUCUCCUCCUGCUACAAAAAGAUAAGCCGGCAAAUGCAAACAUGACGUCUGGCUGCCCCGUGAUCAAUCCUGUAAACGUGUAAUUCUGCAGAUGUUUUGGCGUGUAUUUGUGUGUGUAUAUACAUAAAUAUAUAUAGAAAAUAUAUAUAUUAAAAUCAAACAGCAAAAAGCUUAAUGACCCUAAACUUUCUUCCUUUGGGAAUAAUAGAAGUCUCGUUAGGUCUUACAAAAAGGUGAAACUUGAACCUUGACAUUUUUUUCCAGUUAGAGGAAAAUUGGCCUCUGAGCAGCAGAGGGGUCCUCUCGUGCUGGAGGGGUUGGUGGUGGGUGGGAUGGCGUCAGCCCCGUGACAUCUAGCUGCCCCAGAAACUCACUGCCCUUUGCUUUUGGUUAAUGGAGCCGAGGACCGGGCAGCGAUGCUGCAGCUGAGGUGGGUGGGGAGAGGGGACUUGUCAAACCACACCAAUGAUUUCUUACACCCCUUCCCCUCCCCCUUAUUUUUUUUCCUGGUUUUGUUUUCCUUUGUGAUACUUGAAUUUAUUUUUUUAUUUUUUUUUUAUAGCAAAGCGUUCUAUUUAUUUAAUGUAUACUGCAAAGCUUGGAGAGAAGGGUAGUUACUUGGGAUUCUUUUUUUCUUUGAUUGGUGGUAUUGUUAACUGUUCUGUAUAUACAUCUGGAAUAAUUGCCUGAUAUAAAGCUGUGCCAGCUUAAAAACAGGGUAUGCCUUUCAGAAAUUUGUAUAUUUUGCAGUUGCUGGACCAAUAAAAUAUCUUGUUGAAAUACA